CGAAGCGCGCGCAGCCGGCACGGGGUGGCGCAGAUGUUCGGCGGCCCAGGCAGGGGCAGUUGCAUGGACGCCGAGCGCUAGACGUAGUCAUGGAGACGACGCCCAGAGUGGACGCAGCCGCGGCCGCGGGCUCCCGGCCGGCGGCCCCUGCCGACGAUGGCUGCUCCAGCCUCAGUGAGACCAGCGCCUCGGAGGGCAGCAACACUCCCUCGUGGGACAGAGACGCCGAGUGCUGGAUCUGCCGCGAGGACGGUCGCAGCGAGCGGCUGAUCAGGCCAUGCCUCUGCCACGGCUCGAUGAGCGGCGUCCACCAGUCGUGCGUGGAGAAGUGGAUCGCCAGCCAGCUCGAGAGCGGUGGCGCUGGCGCAGCCGCGCCCCGCUGCCCUGUGUGCCACCAGGAGUACCGCGGGGACACCGCGCGGCCCGGUGCCGUGGCCUUUGGCCGCUCUCUCUGCGCGGCCGUCUUGCGGCAGGUGCUGCGGUGCGUGCUCCUGAUCUCGGUGCUGUCCGUCUACUGGGUCGCCGCGCAGGAGGGAGAGGACUGGAGCUGGGUACUCAGGGGGGUGGGUGGGCGUGGUUGUCUCAACUGACCCUGCCUCCGAUGAUGCUCUUCUGCACUGGCGCGUUCUUCUCGUACAAGCUGCUGGUGCUGCUGGUCUCGCUUCCAAUGACGGACGAGCCGCCAAGCGGCUGGCGGCGGCUGCUCACUGUGACGACUCCGGUGGACCUCGGCGGCCUCGUUGGGGAGUCGCUUGCGUCCACUGCCAUUGGUAUCCUGUGGUGCCUCUGCGGCAUGAUGGGCUUCGAGUACGUUGUGCCGCUGCUGGCCUUCACAGCACUGCUCCUCUUGCGGAUGGCCGUUGUGUUCUAUGACGACACCUUCUUGGUUGAGCUGGCCCACUCCAGCUCCAGCUUGAUCGUGCUGGUCUUCUACACGGCGAAGACCGCGGUGUCACAGCCAUGCGCGAUAUUUUCCCCGGCGAGCGUGGGAUUUCACAUCGUCGCGGCCACCGUGGCUUUCGUGAUCGUCCUCACAUGCCAGGCGGAAGACCCUCUGGUCAUGUUUCUGCUGGCGCACUCUGCCGUGCUCUUCGCGUGCGUGGUCGAGAACGUGUGCAUCAGGAGACUGCGCUGGAAGGCCGGCAGGCGCUGGGUGCUGCUCGUUCACGUCAGCUUGUUCGUGACCUACUCCGCCAACCUGCUCUGCGAGCUGCUGCCGGAGCUGGUGGCCGUGCCGCCCUCGUGGCGGGUGUUCGCCGUCUCCGCGGCCUGGCUCUCCCUCGUCUUGGUGCUGGCCCUGACCGUGAACAGGGGCGCCUUCCUUGAGUACUACACUUCGUGGCAGCAGCUUCACGGGAAGUUCAGGCUCGGGCGCGCCCGCCCAGGAGAGCCGCAGCGCCAGCAGCGGGCGGCCAGGCGGCCGCGGCCCCCGCCCGACGCCGAGGGCGGCCUCGCCGGGGACGCCGGCGGCGGCGGCAGCACGGCUGCGGCGCGGCACGGCGCAGCGCCCGCCGCCGCCGCAGGAGCGCGGGCGUGCGAGGGCCACGGCGCCGCCGUGUGCCUCUGAGGAGGAGGAGGAGGAGGAGGAGCACCCCUUCGGUCGUCGGACUUGGGUCGGCUCAGCGUGACGGCGUUCCUCGGUGUCGCUGGCUUCUUUCGCCUGGCACGCGAGCAUGCCCCCAAGGCGGGUCUCGCUGUACUGCCAGUAUGUUUUUGGCUGCGUGCGUGCAUGCGUUCGAUGGCGAACCUGCGCUCCUCGUCGAGACGCAAGAAGCGGGUAAGAACUACGCAACCCGUCACCCACCACAGAACAUGCUCUUGCACGCACGCCGCGCGCCUUCGCGCACCGCGCUGCUGGUGCGGCAGUAGUUAGGAAGCGCCGACGGGUGCUUUGUUAAGAGACGUUGCGCAUCUAUCUCGCUUAUGCGAUGUGUGUAUAGAGGCAGGGCCUCGGCCGACCUUUGCGGAUCCGUCCAUGUACAGGAAAGAUGCUGUGUAGAGAGGAUAUACGACUUCCUCAUUUCAUCAUUGCCUGCAGCUAGGUGGGGUCGCACUGCAAGCGCACGGAGCGCAAAC